AUGGAAUUUUUGGACAGAUUGAUAUACAAUUUGAAAUUAUUAAAAAUUGAACAACUCUAAUGGCCUUAUAAAAAUUAUAGUGGAUCUGAGGGAAAGAUUUAUGGUUGUAAAUAUAACUAUCAAAAUAAUUGGAAAUAAGGCAUUUUAAAAGUAUAUAUAUUUAUAUAUUGAUUAGGUUAUCUAAUAUGAUCAAUCAUUAAAUUCGAAAGAUGAAUAAUCAAUUUAUAAAGAAAUCAUAAUAUAUAAUAAAUUAGUAGAGGAUUUUAAGAAUAAUGAGAAUUUAGUCACUAUCGUAAAUAUAAUCCAUUUUUAAGAUUUGAAAUCUUUUUGUAUUCUUAUGGAAGAAUGUGAUAUUAAUUUAAAAGAUUUUAAGAGUAAACUUACAAGUCUGAAUUCUAAACUCUAAUUCUUCUAGUAAUUUUUAAAAGGAUAUAAAUCCUUAUAUGACAAAAGAGUUAUUCAUAGAGAUAUUAAACCUGAAAAUAUUCUAAUAAGUUUUAAGAUGGGAAAACCUAUAUAUUAAUUGGCAGACUUUGGAGUAGCAAAGCUUUGUGAACAAUUUUUUAAUAAUUAAAGCUAAAUGGGUACCAAAAUAUAUGCUGCUCCUGAACUAUAAUAUAUGUAAAGUUAAAAUAAUUUCUAAUUUGAUUAUGAAAAAAUAUCAAAAGUUGAUGUUUAUUCUGUAUAUAAUCAUAAAUAAAAUAGAUUGGACUUGUAUUGUAUGAAUUAUAGUUUUAAAAAUUGCCUUUUGAUAAGCCUAAGAAUUUGAAGGAAUUCUAUAAUUCACCUUUGAGUUCUAGACUUUAGAAAUUAGGAAAAAUUGAAUAUUCAGAUUAAUGGUUUGUAAAUUUAAUAAUGUACAUGAUACAAAGUAAUCCUGAUGAAAGAGUUAGUUUCUAAGAAUUAUAUAAAUGUUAUGAUGAUAAACUUACUAUAUUCAUUGAACGUUGUAAGAAAUUGGCUGAGAAUUUUCUGAUAUCCUAUGUUCGUAAAGGUGGAGACAAUACAUAGAGAUAUAAUACUAGCUUAUCUCCAAAUAGAUAGAAUAAUAUAAUUCAAAACUUUAAUGAAUUUCCAUUAUAGAAAUAACAAAUACAAAAUUAAUAAUUUUAUAUAAAUAAACCAAUGCCUCAUAAUCCAAUUUCACCAAUUAAUAUUUAAUAAGAUGUUCAUUUAUCACCUUUUAAAUAUCAAGGAAUUAAAUUGGAUUUUAAUUAAUAAAAAUAACACUAAAUCUAAUAAUAUUAAUAUUGUCAGACAGAUAGAGGAAAUGAUUAACAAUUCAAAAACAAAUAUUUUAAAAAUUGA